AUGACUACGCCAGCUCUUCAUCUUGUUAAGCCUAACAUGGUGGCCCCAUUGGCGUCAUCGACUGAUUCGCCAAUUGAGGUCACAGUUCAAUCUUCAACACUCUUGCAACUAAUCGACACCAUUUACGAGAAUAAUGACGAGACAGAAACACAAAGCAGAACAGUGGGAACACUUCUGGGAACAAGAUCUGAGGAUGGAUCGACAGUGGAGGUGAAGGAGUGCUACGUUGUUCCUCACAAGGAGGAAGACGAGCAGUUGACUAUUGAGGAAGCAGUUCAUGUUUCUCUUUAUCAUUUAUACAAACGUUCAAACCCAGAACUUCAGGUGGUUGGAUGGUUUUCUACCAAUCCAUCCUUGGAUGCAUAUACUGGUUUGUUCCACGAGUUCUAUGCCAAGGGAUCUUGUGCACCAUACCAGCCGGUUUUGCUCACUUUACAAUACAGAGAUGAAGAAUCUGGAGAUAUUAUCGCACCUAUCGUCAAGACUUUCAUCUCAUCUCCAGUUGGACUUCCAGGAAACUCUGGUGUGAUGAGAAAGCUAAACCUCGAGAAAAUUGGAUCAUACGCAUUUGUGCCAAUUCCAAAUAAGGUUGUUCGCUCUACCGGUGAGUCAACUACCCUGAAAUUCUUGUCACAAGCUUCGAAAAAGGGUGACACCUCAUUCAAUUUGAGCGACUUCAACGAACUUAAGCAGGUCUCUAUGACUGUCUCACAGAUUUCAGAUCUGAUAAAAAUAUUGCAGGACUACACAAAUAGAGUUGCCAAAGGUGAAAUAAAAGGUGAUGACAAGAUUGGAAGGCUUCUUCUUUCUAAUUUGAACUUUAACCUUUCCGAGGUGGAUGUGGAGGCUUUUAAGAAUGAGUUUGAAACACACGUCAACGACACUUUGUUGUUGCAAUACUUAGCAUCCUGUAUCAAGCAGCAGCUAGACUUGAGCAACAAGUUGACCAAUUUCAUCAACCCUGAAGAUGCUGUUAAAGAAUAA